AGGCCAUAAUAUGUAACAACAUAUUUGACAAUAUGCGUGUCAAAACUUCUCAUGAUACCAAUCCCGUCGUGGAAAUCAAAUACUCCGGAUCAAAACACGGUUACAUAGGCAGUGGUGCAUCGGGGAUCGUCAACCGCGCUCCAAAUGGCGAUGUAAUUAAAUCACCCUGGCCUGGUUCUCGUAAUGCUGAAGCGCGUCGAGACAUCACGACUGAGAGUCUCAUUUACGAAAGACUAGGCCAGCAUCCUCGCCUUAUUCAAACACUCGGGUUUGAUCCAGAGAGUUGUGUCUUGACUAUGGAAUACAUGCCAAACGGGACACUGAAAGACUUUCUUGCAGCGAAUAACGAAGCUAUUUCUACAGCACAACGACUUCGGUGGGCCAGAGAUGCGGCUGAGGGACUUCAAGUGGUACACGAUGCAAAAAUCGUUCACUGCGAUGUAGAGCCCAAGAAUUUCUUGUUAGACGAGGAUCUGGCUCUUAAAAUUUCGGACUUCAGUGGCUCGUCUCUCGAAGGAUCACGGGCAUCAGCAUGUGCUGGUAGAAGGUAUUCUCGUCCGGGGUUUGAUUUUCACCGCCAACAGACCGUGUCUGAUGACUUGUUUGGCCUCGGCUCUACUAUCUACUUCAUUAUAACUGGCCAGAUCCCUUUCGAGGAACUGCCGAGUGAUGAGGUUGAAAAGAGCUACAAGGACCAAAUAUAUCCUGACGUGUCUGGAAUAAAUUGUGGAAGCAUUAUCAGGCAGUGUUGGGAUUCUGAAAUUACGUCUGCCCAAGAGGUGUAUGAUUAUUUCCGAGAUAUGGAAUAUAAGGAAUAA